CUGCUGCCGCCCCGAGCCCGCGCGGCCGAGAGUCCGGCCGGGACUCCCGGCCAGGCUGCCCCGCCUCCCCCGAAGAAGAAGAAGGAUAUUCGCGAUUACAACGAUGCGGACAUGGCGCGUCUUCUGGAGCAGUGGGAGAAAGAUGACGACAUAGAGGAAGGCGAUCUCCCGGAGCACAAAAGGCCCUCGGCGCCUAUCGACUUCUCGCAGGUGGACCCGGGCAAGCCUGAGAGCAUACUGAAAAUGACGAAGAAAGGGAAGACUCUCAUGAUGUUUGUCACCGUGUCGGGAAGCCCCACAGAGAAGGAGACGGAGGAAAUCACCAGCCUCUGGCAGGGCAGUCUUUUCAAUGCCAACUACGACGUCCAGAGGUUCAUCGUGGGGUCCAAUCGCGCCAUCUUCAUGCUUCGCGAUGGGGGCUACGCCUGGGAGAUCAAGGACUUCUUGGUCAGUCAGGACAGGUGUGCCGAUGUGACUCUGGAGGGACAGGUGUACCCUGGCAAAGGAGGCGGCGGCCAGGAGACAAACAAAACCAAGCAGGAGAAGGGCAAGAAGAAGACGGGAGACGCGAAGUCUCGGGCUUCGAAGGAAAAUAACCGCGCCGGGAGUCGACGGGAAGACCUGUAACGGGGUGGCCGCGGCCCCUUCGCGGGGCACGGGGGAUGGAGCUCAGCCAGGGCUCGCGGGGGUGGGGCGGGCGCGGGAAACCGCACACCAGAUGCAGUUCGAGUCUCUUCUAGAGAGGGUCUGUCACGUGACCAGUCUGUGGUCAGUGCGAGAAUUAUGUUGAAAGGCUUCCAGUAAGGAGACAGGUUUGGUAAUUAACAUUGGACACUGACAAAUUCAGGUUUACUAUAAAAUCACUUUAAAUGGAAACCUGGCUGUGCUGCUUUUUCCCAUUUAGACUGGGGGCGGGGGUCACGCCCCCCCCCCCAUUGCACCUGCUCUGAGCUGGUGUCUGUGGCAUCUGCACCUUUUAUUUUCUGUGCCCUGGAAGGGUACCAGGUUCUAGUCGGACAGACGUUAAGACCCUCGAUUUAAACAGACCAGGCUCUUUGUGCCGCAAACAUCUUUUUCAUUACUAUGAAAUCAAAACACGCCGUGGGACCACUGCACGCAGCUCUGGUGUUUAAAUGUACCAUCAGGAUGCCAAGAUGUCACCCCACGUCUGAGCAGAAGAUGCAGGGAAUAGAGUGUAAUAUAACUUGGAGACCCUGCGACAUCUCCUGUGAACUUCCUGGACUUGACUCCUUCUCAUCAACUAACGAGGACUCUUGCUGUCUGUCAGGUGUUAGGUGUUCUGUGUCCUCACUUAGGAAACAGUGGUGCUGGUGUCGAGGGUUCCAUUUAACGUGACGGAUUUAAAGGUGUAGAUCGGGGCUCGGCAGCGUCCUCUGCAGAGUCUGGCGGAAGGCUCGAUGGCGUCAUCCGUCCCACACGCUCUUUGACAGAGUACCUAGACCUGUGCUGUCGUGUCUGCCCUGCCACGGUGCGCUAGCUGCGGACGUCUGGCUGCUCACGUCAGGCCUGCUCUGAGCGAGGGCAGUGGACUUCAUGCACAGCUGUCAUUUUUAAGAACUACAAUUAUUUUUAAAACCUUCCAUUGUGACUUUAACAAAAUAGCACAGGUACGUGGUUAGAAAAUGUCAUUGUUUAAAAAGGGUAUAAAGUAGCAGUUCUGUGCCUAACCGCUGCUGCCGCUACUUGUCCCAGUGGAAGCUGCUGUUAAUGUUUCCAAAAAAAUGUGCAUUGACCCA